AUGUCUUAUUGUAAGUUACUUAUUUUUUUGGCUCUGUUAUCGAUAAGUCGAUGUGCUACAGAAAUUCCAUCAUUCCUGAAAAUAUGUCAUCGCAACGAUCUGCGUCUAAACGAAUGUGUGAACCAAAGUGUUGAAGCUCUAAAGCCAUACUUAUCAGGUGGAAUUCCGGAAUUCGAUGUUCCACCUUGUGAACCAUUAAAAAUUCAAAAACUUAAUAUGCAUCGAUCAGAGGGAACAGUUGCAAUUAAAUCUAGUAAUGAAAAUAUUGUAAUCAAAGGAGCAACAAAUUUUGUGCUCAAAAAAGUCAAUGUUAAUCUGAAAAAAGAUCAAAUUCAAUUGGAAAUCUUCUUUCCUGAAUUUUCAAUGACUUCAGACUAUAAAAUUAAUGGGAAGAUUUUGAUGAUACCAAUCAAGGGAGAAGGCCAAUUGACGGGAAACUUCAGUGACAUCAAUGCUGACAUAAUGAUUCAGGGAGAACGCUAUCAAAAUAAUAUUGAUAACAAUACCUACUAUCGAAUUUGUGAUGUCUUGAUAGAUUUUGAUGUAGGAAACGCUAGCGUACAUUUGGAUAAGUUAUUUAACGGUGAUCAGACAUUGUCGUCAGGCAUGAAUUUAUUUUUAAAAGACAAUUGGAAAAUCAUCACUGAAGAUAUUAAACCAGGAAUCGCAGAUAAUAUCGCUGAUUUAUUGAAAAAAUACUCGGAAAAAAUAUUUUCCAAAUAUUCAUUAGAUGUACUUCUGCCAGCAUAA